AUGAUUAGAAAAGCAGUAUUAACUCUACAAAAAUUCGAGGAUUUGCUCUAUGAAGAGGACGCCGAUGACGUGUCGAGCACUGCUGAAUACGAUAUGGUCAAUGAAAUGCCAGACUUGGCUCAACUUCCGGACAGAGAUCUGACAGAAAUCGGGGAAAAAGGUAUCAAUUUAUCCGGCGGUCAGAAACAGAGGGUUUCAAUGGCGAGGGCUGUCUAUUCCAACCGAGAUAUCUAUUUACUCGACGACCCGUUGAGCGCUGUCGACACACAUGUGGGCAAACAUUUGUUUGAAAAAAUUAUCGGUAGAAAUGGUUUAUUAAAAGACAAAAUAAAGAUUUUGGUUACAAAUUGUGUCUCUAUUUUGCCAAAUGUGGACCAAAUUGUGGUCAUUACAAACGGACGCUUCUCAGAAUCGGGAACUUAUAACGAAUUAAUCUCUACAAAAGGUUAUUUCGCCGAAUUGGUGACCGAAUAUCUGUUGAAACAGACGGACAAUGAACUCGAAAAUGAAGACAAGAAAAUUAUUGAUGAAUUGAAAACACAAAUCAAACCGACUUUUGAAUCUGAUUCGGAAACCGAUCGCAUCAGGAAAGCAGACUUAACCAAAUCUCGAUUUAUUUCAAGUAAAAUGAGUUCUCAACAGAAUAGACGUACAAAUAGUAUUCAAACAAAACCGACGAAUAAAUCGUGUGGAAAGUUAACCCAAAUCGAGAGCUCAGAGACGAAUUUAAUCGCAAACAUUUGCAUCAGUUUGGGAUGUAUUAGAGCUGCGAAACAAUUGCAUCGCCUUAUGUUAGACCGGAUAUUAAGAGCUCCUAUACUUUUCUACGACACGACACCAAUCGGACGAAUCCUGAAUCGGUUCAGUCGAGACAUGGAUUCAGUCGAUGUUUCGCUUGUAGUCAGUAUUCGAAUGACAAUAACACUGUUUUUAAGGCUAUUCGUCGCCGUAUUUAUGAUCAGUUUUAAGACGCCUAUCGUAUUGACGGCAAUCAUUCCCUUGUCUUUCAUCUUUUGUUACAUUCAAAAGAUAUAUAUUCCAAGUUCUCGUCAACUCAAACGCAUUGACUCCACCACUCGUUCCCCUAUUUAUAGUCAUUUCAGUGAAACAAUUAACGGCUCCACAAGUAUUAGAGCGUAUGGAGUGUCCCAUCAGUUCAUACAGGAGUCCAAUAGACGGGUCGAUGAAAACCAUAUGUGUUAUUAUACAGGCUUUAUGGCCAGACGAUGGCUGGCCAUUAGGUGUGAAUUCUUAGGCUACUGUAUUGUAUUUUUGUCGGCAGUAUUUGUUGUCAUUAAUCGGUCCAACCUAACGCCGGAUCUCGAAACUAAUAUCGUUUCCGUUGAGAGAUGUCUUGAAUACACAGAAACUCCGACUGAAGCCGAAUGGUAUAAUGAGGGGACAAAACCAUCGCCCGAUUGGCCGGAAAGGGGAGAAAUAAAAUUCAGUGAAUACAGCACUAGAUAUAGAGAAGGAUUGGAUUUAGUGCUCAAAAAGAUUACAUUAGAAGUUCGGCCCAAAGAGAAGGUGGGAAUAGUCGGCAGAACCGGUGCCGGAAAGUCGUCGCUAACUCUGGCGCUGUUCCGACUCAUAGAACCGGUCGACGGAUCCAUAUUUAUAGACGGAGUGGACAUCAAAACACUGGGUUUAUAUGACUUGAGAUCUCGGAUAACAAUUAUACCUCAAGACCCGGCGCUCUUCACCGGAACAUUACUGCUCGAAUCGUGUGCUUUAGUGCCAGACUUGGCUCAACUUCCGGACAGAGAUCUGACAGAAAUCGGGGAAAAAGGUAUCAAUUUGUCCGGCGGUCAGAAACAGAGGGUUUCAAUGGCGAGGGCUGUCUAUUCCAACCGAGAUAUCUAUUUACUCGACGACCCGUUGAGACUCGGAGUUUACGCCGGAAUCGGUGUCUUUGAUACAGUUUUCAAUAUAAUAGCAAACAUAUGCAUCAGUUUGGGGUCUAUUAGAGCUGCGAAACAAUUGCAUCGCCUUAUGUUAAACCGGAUAUUGAGAGCUCCUAUACUUUUCUACGACACGACACCCAUUGGAAGAAUCCUGAAUCGGUUCAGUCGAGACAUAGAUGCGGCCGAUGUUUCGCUUGUAUUCAGUCUCCGAAUGACAAUAUCACUGGUUUUACAGCUAUUCGUCGCCCUAUUUAUGAUUAGUUUGAAGACCCCUAUAGUAUUGACGGCAAUCAUUCCCUUGUCUUUCAUCUAUUAUUACAUUCAAAAGAUAUAUAUUCCGAGUUCUCGUCAACUCCAUCGCAUCGACUCCACCACUCGUUCCCCUAUUUAUAGUCAUUUCAGUGAAACAAUUAGCGGCGCCUCAAGUAUUAGAGCGUAUGGAGUGUCCGAUCAGUUCAUACAGGAGUCCAAUAGACGGGUCGAUGAAAACCAUAUGUAACUCGAAACCAAUAUAGUAUCGAUUGAGAGAUGUCUUGAAUACACAGAAACUUCGACAGAAGCCGAAUGGUAUAAUGAUGUAACAAAACCAUCGCCCGAUUGGCCGGAAAGGGGAGAAAUAAAGUUCAGUGAAUACAGCACUAGAUAUAGAGAAGGAUUGGAUUUAGUGCUCAAAAAGAUUACAUUAGAAGUUCGGCCC